AUGUUUAGAUCUGUUUCCCGUUCAUUGAUGGCCAACGCCGCCAUGGCCAGAACUGGUGCCCUGAGAUCGGCUCCCGCAAUGGUGCGUUUCAACAUCACGCAGCACUCCUCGAUGUUGACCAAAGAAGACGUCUUGGCUCGUUCUGUCCAGGUUUUGCGUGGAUUUAACGUGAAGACUCCUGAGAUUGGCCUUGAGACCAAGUUUUCGCAAGAUUUGGGAAUGGAUUCUCUGGAUUACAACGAUGCUCUCGUUGCUCUGGAAGAGGAAUUUGACAUCAUCUUCGACGACGAAGCCGCCAACAAGAUCCAGUCUGUCGGAGAGUGUGUUAACUACGUUAUUGCCAACUACAUCCCAGAAGAGAUUGGUUUGGAUGCCGAGAUCCGUUAA